AUGCGGUAUAUAAAAGCCGGAUCAGAAGGGGCUGGCCCAUCGUAUUGGUCAGAGUUACAACUUAUCUUGCAGUCACUCCCAAUGGAGGUGCUGGAAAUAGAUAAGGGAGAUGAAGCUGCCAUGCACUCCAUCAUAUCUAUCGUUGAGGCAAUUCACUGCUCACUUAAAAAGAGGGAGGAAGCGAGGACAAAUUUAUUAGCUGCCUGGGCUACUUAUAUUAAAGUGAGCAUCUGGAUGAGUGGUAAGAUUCCUGUAGGUGAAAAGCGCCUCAAUUUCUUGGAAGAUCAUCUAUUUCCGAUUCUUGUGCAAUUCAUCGCUGCAGAUCAAGCACAAGCCAUAUGGACUAUAGAUGAUCCCAACGCCUCCAAGGUUUGUGUUGAAUUGUUUAUUGCACUAAGCCAGAUGCUAGAACACGACACUACCAGCGGCUUGUGUAUAAAAUUGGCAACAAUACUGAAAGAUAACAUUUUAAUUUCGGAGCCAGAACAGUCCCAGACAUACCGAGCUUCGCAGGAUGCGGUUUGCUCUAAAGGAAGUCGGUUUUUCACGCUUUUCAGUGGAAUUGUUACAAAAGCUCCUGAAAGCAGUCAGCAUGAUUUUGUUGUGGAAUCUAUCAAAAGUAGCUCGUUUUCAUUGAUAGAGACAUCUCUUCAAACACUUCAAUCUCGAAAUGGGAAACCAUAUGGCGCUGCAGCAGUGGUCGAUGAGGCUCUUACCAAGAUACCAUCACUAAUUGGUGAGAUGGAAGCCUUGGAUCCUUUUCUUUCCAAUACUCUCCCUCAGCUCAUCUUCUCGCCUUCAGCAGACCAUUUGGUGUCUAUUCUAUUUGCCUGCCGGAGCAGGAAAGGAUUUAAUGACGCCCUCGGAAAAGUAAUCAAUACAUACCACAAUACUUUGAUUUCCUCUUCUCAACUGCCGUCAAUGGGCAAUUUAUUUUCCUCAGUGACAGCUUUUGAUGAAGAAAAUAAUCCAGACUUCAAGCUGUUGAUUUUAGGUGUGCUUCAGCAAGGUGUUCGUGGGGACCAUCAGUCUUGGCUGGACAUUGCAGCAGUUCUUCAGAACAAGAAACUUGGGCCGGAGAUUUCUAAUACCAUCCUUGAUUCUUUAGUUGGAAGGCUGUCCAAUGAAGGCUCAGUGAUGGAGGUUCUUCGUGGGCUGUUGCUUCUUUCUACAGAAAGUGCCGCACCAAUCCAGUCAUAUGUCUCAAGCUCGAAUGGCUCGAAACUGAUUUCCAAGCUGUUAUAUCUUACCGAAUCUUCCAACGAUGAGGUAGCAUUACUCGCUGCGUCCUUAAAAGAACAGAUUACGAGUAUUGGAGGUGAUAAUAACUCUCUUAAACCAACCCUUGAAGUUUUAGAAAGGAAUUUCAAAACGGUGGACGAUGAAUCAUUAUCUGUUGAAUCAUUAGUAGCCAUUGUUCAAGAAGUUCUCGAUCAAUCGUCUACAGAUGAUAGCCCUAUGCUAUUGCUCUCACUACUACCUAGAGAGAGUUCAUGGAAGGCCGCCUUAGAUCCUUACUUUGAAGUCCCCCCCAAGCGAUCAUGUUCAAUAAUGAGUCCGCUAGGGGGUGCAGUGCAUAUCAUUGACGCGUCGCGUAACUUGGGCAUUUUACGUGCUCUCCCAAGAGACAGGGAUGGUUUCCCAUUAGCAUUCCGGCUUGCUUACUAUGUCACCAAGCUUCUAACAGCUGUUGGUAUUGACGCCUUGCCUCUACCACCGCUCGAGAAUGUUUUUACAUAUUUACCAUUGAUUAUCCAGCUUGUUGAUGAAGAAUUGAGUAUUGACGAGUCUACGGCAAUCAUAUAUCCCCUCACCUCUGACACCCGAACAAUUGCGAUUGAAAUUGUUUCUGAGGCUCGCAUCCUGAUGAAUGGUUGGAUUCAGAAGUCAUGUACCGCAGAUGCAGCCUUUAAGGCUGGCGCUAGAUCAUUUGUAUUCUUCUGGGAGAGGAGUGUUUACAACUUCGAAGGCAUCAACCCUAGAGCAUACCGGUUUGCAGAGUGCUUCGCACGUAUCCUGACUGAAAGGGACGCAAUAAGGCCGACACCGUCAGCUGAUGGCAAAUUAAAAGCAGCAAUGGAAACCCCAGGGCUUUCUAAUCCCUUUAUCCUAAUUGCGACUAUUGUUGGAUACAGGGACUCCAUUAUCGAGACGCAAACCGUUGUAAAGCUCUGUAACCAGCUAGUUGCAGACAUGACGGGUUUAAAGCAUACGGACAAUAUUGGAGAUUUACGAAAACUUGUAAUCCUCAAUUCUCUGAUGUAUGGAGGAAAGAAUCCAGCGAAGAAUAUCCCCACGCAGAGGCUAGUGUUCUUAGUGAAGCAUCUUAUUACAUGUUUGCGGUCUGGGGAGUUCGGGGUUGGAAUAAUCUCAGAAAUACUGAAAGUUUUGUCGGCAGUUUUGCCCUUGAUGAAGGAAAUAUAUGGGUCACAUUGGCCAGACUUAUUUGAUGUGCUGAAGACAUUGUGGCAAAAGGGUGGGCUAUCCAGCGAAUAUCUCCCUGUUCUACAUUCCUCUUUGCGUUUGUUCAGUUGCUUGAGGAAGCUGGCGACUGAGGACAGCAACGAGGAUCUGGAGGAUGCAUGGAAAGAAGCUCGAAAGUCGCACACAGAAACCAUGGUCAACAUGUUAAAGCAGUUCGGCCCUUCUUUUCACCCUGACCAACCCUGGGAUAUCACAACCGAUCUCCUAUCGCGAGAACUGUCUGUCAUCAAUGCUGAUGCAAUCUCUGAUAUUAGUGAAUUAUUUCCCAGCCUUUCCAUCGAAAGCAAAGGUGUACAGCGUGCAACAUAUGGAAUAAUUCACCGAGUAAUACCCAAAAUACAGGAGACCUUGUCUUUCGACGUGGCUCUUUCCAAAACUGCAGUCCAUCUACCAGGCCAGCUCUUGGACCUUCUCUCAGAGGUGCCACCCAUAGCGCCGUUUAGAGAGACAGAUAUAGAGGAGAAUUUUUGGCUGGGAGCUCGCUCGUAUCUUCUUGGCUGGAAAGUGGUGUUUGAUCAUUUCGCAUCUUCGUCAAUACCUGUCCAAGAGAGUUACAGCUCUGAUAUAAAGCAGAAAGACUGCCUGAGUUCGCUGCUGGAUUUUACAUUCGACUGCCUAGAGACACCCCAGGGUCAGCUGAUUGAUGCUUCAAAGUUUGAGAUUCGCUCGUUUGAACUAGAUAAUGCCGAGUCAUCGAAAAGGGAGAUGCAAUGGCUUCUAGUCCACACCUACUACCUAGCUUUAAGAUACCUACCAAAUACGACUCGAGCUUGGUGGGUUGACUGCAAAAAACGGUUGAAGACACCUGUGGAAACCUGGACACAGAGAUAUGUUUCCCCCUUUAUAAUAGAGGACUCGUUGCAGAGUGUAAGCAACUGGUACUCUGGCCAGGACUGGGACAAUGAGGACCAUGCUCUUGAAGUCAAAGUAUCCUCCAAAGCGGCGGAGAUCAUCGGCAGCAUCGAGAUAGAUGAGGAAUCACCACCGACAUCUAUUGCUAUAUCCCUUCCCCCAACCUACCCGCUGCAUCAAGCCACUGUUAGUGGACGCUCCCGCGUAGCCGUUGACGAGAAGAAAUGGAAGAGCUGGCUUUUGGUGAUCCAAGGCGUGAUCCUGUUUUCCAACGGAAACCUCAUGGACGGGCUGAUGGCAUUCAGGCGGAAUGUACAGGGAGCUUUGAAGGGACAGGGCGAGUGUCCCAUCUGCUGCUCUAUAAUCUCCGCCAACAUGCAGACGCCGAACAAGAAAUGCGGAACUUGCAAGAAUACGUUCCAUUCAGACUGCUUGUUCAGGUGGUUUAGGAGCAGCAACUCGAGCAGCUGCCCGCUGUGCCGGAACAGCUUUUUGUAUUCUUGA